CGGCUCAACAAAUUCAUUAAAAAGAUCCGUUUCAAAAAGAUUGAUUCUUUCACGAAUCGGACAUCCCUUUUAUGGGAUAAGCCUACACCAUAGUAGGUUUCCUUUGCUUUAGGAGCAGGGAUCACUUCUUGGUUUAUUCCGGGAGUUUUUGUAAUUCCGUUAGAAUGGAGAUCGACUCCGAGUCCCGCACCGACAGCACCAGCACCAGCACCGCUACUGACAGAACCAGUAAGAGCUCAAAUAUAGAGAGUUUAGGCUUGUCACACUCCAAGUUGGCUUAUGAUGGGAAUUUUAUUCGCUCUGCUUCUGGCGUGUUUAUGACUGGAGAAAUCGUGUUUGGGCUUCUGGUGUGGACUCUGAUUGGUGGGACGGAGUACCUCCAUGUUCCUGCAUUGGGAUGGGUAAUGUUUGUGUCAGUCUUUUAUUGGGUGCUUACUGUCAUUCUCUUCCUCAUAUACCUGACUAUGGCCCACACCAGGAUUCCCCAGAUCCCAUGGAAAAUUUUGGGAAUAUGUUUUAAUGGCAGCGCCUCUGUAUUGUACCUGACAGCGGCUGUGAUUUGUGCCGUAUCUUUGAAUGUGGCCAUUAGGGGGCGCUACUACUUCAUCAGCUGGGUUGCAUCAACGAUAUUUGCCUCACUGGCUAUGGUGUGUUACGCAGGAAAUACAGUUGUGAAUUUCAAAUCCUGGAGAUCAAAAAGUGGAGAGACAUAAGCAAAUGUUUUUAGUUUCUUUGCUUGUCUGUUUGUUUUUAUUAUCCCUGGGGGAUCGUUUCUGCGAACUGAAAGAAUUGCAUAAAAAGAGAAUUUUAUAUGUAGCAUCUUUCCUAUAUGUAAAACUUGAACUGUACACUACAGAAGAUUGCUCAUUUUAUUUUUCAUAUUAAUUAUUGAGGCAAAACAUAAAAAUCUUUGUUUAAACCCACGCUGUAUGGUAAGCCUAUAGUGUAAUGAUUUAUAUUCAGAGUUGUUAGAUUCAGUUUGAUGGGAAGUUUUAGGAUUUUGUCAUUUAUCCUUGCUUGUUUGAAUAAAAGGGGAACUAUUAUGUAAAAUUCACUUUUACAUGGUAUUUGUACACACAACCACCCCAUAAUGAUAAAAAUUCAUGUACUCCUUUAUUAUAUUCCCAAUUAAUCAUAAACAGUACCCUUACGAAAAAGAAGUUUAUUCAAGUGUGCUAUUAGUAUACUUCUUUUAAACUAAAUAGGAAAGUAUACUUUUAGUUUACUUUUUAUGUACUUCUCAAAAAUGGGCUUUAUGUACUUCUCAGAAAUAUACAUAAAAAAGUAUACUUGACUUAGAAAAAGUCUAAAUAUGUUUUAGCUAUACUUGUGCUCCUACAAUCCGUGUUUUCAUUAUUAUACGGUAGGGGACGCUAGUACACAUCUUCUGUACAGAAUUUCCGAAAAACACAAGUGAAGAAGAAACCAAAACAACAGAUACUUUCACAUGUAAUCGAUCAUCUGACAUAAAAAAGCAUCGAAACUGUGUAACGUUAUGGAAUAAUAUGUCAACCAAUGAAGAGGUAAUAAUGACUGUCAAGCUUUGGGUGUUGAUCGACUUCAUCUACGUUUUGAUUAUCAUUCUGAAUCUAAUUCAUAGUCUUCUUUUCAGCUUUUUGUUCAAAAUGUUGUUUAUUUCUCUAUUUUUUUAUUUAUGAAACUUAUCUACAUUCAAGUGUUUAAAAAAAGA